AUGCAAAAGGCAAAUACUCCUGAAGAACCGUUCCAACAAGACACUUCAAUGACAAUGAAUGCGGAUGAAAGGGAAGCAGAAGAACAGAUUGUAGCUGAAAAACUGAUUAAUGAAGAAUAUAAGAUUUGGAAAAAAAAUUCUCCAUUUUUAUAUGAUUUAAUUGUAACUCAUGCUUUGGAAUGGCCUACAUUGACAAUACAAUGGUUCCCAGAUAAAGAAACUGUUCCUGGGAAAAAUUACUCUGUUCAUCGUUUAUUAAUAGGAACUCAUACUUCUGGAAAUGACCAAAACUAUUUAAAAUUUGCAGAAGUGUAUCUUCCUCUUUCUGCCACUGAUAUAGAUAUUCGAAAAUAUGAUGAAGAGAAGGAAGAAAUAGGAGGGUAUGAAGGAACAGAUGCAAAAAUUAAUAUAGUACAAAAGAUUGAUCAUGAUGGGGAAGUAAAUCGUGCUAGAUAUCAGCCUCAAAAUCCCAAUAUCAUUGCUACAAUGACAGUGAGUGGUGACGUUUAUAUCUUUGAUAGAACAAAACACUCAUCCAACCCCAUGGGAACAUGUAAUCCUCAAAUUAAACUUAAAGGACAUACAAAAGAAGGAUAUGGUCUUUCUUGGAAUCCCCAUAAACUUGGGUAUUUAGUAACAGGGACAGAAGAUAUGACAAUUUGUUUAUGGGAUAUCACUACUUAUUCUAAAGGAUCUAAUAUUUUAUCACCUAUCCAUACAUAUACGACGCACACAGCUGUAGUUACAGACGUUACUUUUCACCCACUUCAUGAUUCUCUGUUUGGCUCUGUAUCUGACGAUUUGUAUCUUCAAAUUCAUGAUAUUCGAUCGCCAAAUACAACAUCUGCUGCACACAAAGUUAAUGCUCACUCUGAAGCAAUUAAUUCCUUAGCUUUUAACCCAGCAUGUGAAUAUGUCUUAUCAACCGCAUCAGCAGACAAAACAGUUGCUCUGUGGGAUCUUCGAAAUUUAAAGCUCAAAUUACAUUCUUUUGAAGGACAUGAUGAUGAAGUAACAUCUCUUGCGUGGUCACCGCACGAAGAAACUAUUUUAGCAAGCUCAAGCAUUGAUCGGCGUAUAAUUCUAUGGGAUCUUAGCAAAAUUGGGGAAGAACAAUCUCCAGAAGAUGCUGAAGACGGUCCUCCAGAACUUUUGUUUAUGCACGGAGGUCACACAAAUCGUGUCAGUGAUCUUAACUGGAACUUAAACGAUCCAUGGGUUUUAGCCAGUUCUGCAGAAGAUAACAUUGUUAUGGUUUGGCAGCCCGCAAAUAAUAUUUAUAAAAAAGACGAUAUUGAUGUUCAAGUAAGUGAUCUGGAGUAAUUAACGGCUUUUUUUA